UAGUAGCCGAUAGGGUGCGCUAGAACCGACGUGCUUUUCCAGUGGACGCACUAGUCUUGUAGACAGCCUGUCCUGCAGUCAUGGGCGAUAGAAGAAAGCUGCAAGGAGAAAUAGACCGGUGUAUAAAGAAAGUCAACGAGGGCGUGGAACAGUUUGAGGACAUUUGGCAAAAGGUCUACAGCGCCACAAACACCAGUCAGAAGGAAAAACACGAGACUGAUCUCAAGAAAGAGAUUAAAAAGCUGCAGAGGCUUCGAGACCAAAUUAAAACAUGGAUGGCAUCCAGUGAAAUCAAGGACAAGCAGGCGCUCAUCGACAACAGAAAGUUGAUCGAGACCCAAAUGGAGCGGUUCAAGAUAGUGGAGCGCGAGACGAAGACUAAGGCGUACUCCAAAGAAGGGCUUGGAGGAGCUCCGAAGGUGGACCCUGCGCAAAAAGAGAAAGAAGACAUCACCAACUGGCUAGCAACUUCUAUCGACAGCUUGAACAUCCACGUCGACCAGUUCGAGUGCGAGAUCGAAUCCCUCAUGAUUGGCGCCAAGAAGAAAAAGAACGACAACCAGGACCGCGUGGACGAGCUGAAGUGCCUCCUGGAGAGGCACCGGUACCACAUCCUCCAGCUUGAGACCGUCAUGCGCGCCUUGGACAAUGACACUGUAGAAAUAGACAAGAUCAGAACGAUAAAAGAGGACAUUGAGAACUAUAUCGAAUCAUGCCAAGAACCAGACUUCGUAGAGAAUGAGUAUAUCUACGACGACCUCGACCUGCAGGAUAUGGCAGACUACUUGUCCAAAGGAUCUGCAUCUGCUAUUGACCUCGGUCAGGGUGCAGCGGGACAGCUAAGUGCCUUACAGAACCCUACUGAGGUUGCCAACCCAGCAGACCUCCCAAUGUCUGAAAUCGUGGAUGAUGCACGUGACAGUGGAGAGAGCAGAAUAGAACCCUCAAACAUCUCCAUUUCCUAUGGAACCGCCAAUCCAGUCCUCGGUUCAGCAGACAUAACGAGCUCGCCGCAGAAAAUUCAAGAGUGCAGCGUGUUCAGCGAAGGCGGACCUUGCGAUCCUUGUCACAGUGAGGAAGCCCCGACGAGAGAGAACAAAGCAACAAAAGUGCCGGUGGGCUCUCACGUGCCAGUUACGGCCAGUACGAAGCAGAGCAGCAACCCUCCCGUGGAACGACAGUCUUCUAGGGACAGCACCAUCCCGCUGCCCCAUUGUGGCGCCCCAAACGUCGGCUCGUUGAGGGACAGUUCGCUUGAAAGCCACAGUCCGCCACGUGCCGCACCUGCGGCAAGAACCAGUCACGCGCCGCCGCAAACACACAGAGUCCUUAACACGGUGCCGUCAAGUGCGAAACAACAUGCUAAGAACCUGAAACAACAGAGGACAUCCACACCGCAACACUCUGAAGAAGACGUUCUUGACGCUGUACUUUCAUGCUCACCACUAGGAAUUCACGAGGAGUCGUCACUUCAUAGCACGCGCAAUAACGACGACGCGAAGCCAUGUAGUUCCGAAGUACAAGCUGGGGCGUCUACAAGGACGGGGAGUAUUCAAGACGGAGUAAGCAGUGCUCCCCUUUCCACCUUGUACAGUUUGGCAACCCAGGCGGCCAAUAGGGAAUCCCUUGGAACGCGAACCGCCGCCCUGAGCGAGCACUUGCCUGACAGAGGAGAGAUGGUAGUGCAACCUAUCAAGCCCCAGCUGAUGGGGUUCAGCGCUGGCUUGCCGAGCCGACUUCAACCUACUCAGACACAGCCCCCCGCUUCGUAUAAUCAAGGUUUGUUCGGGGGCCUCUCCUGGUAUGAUUUAUCUCAUGCCUCCAGUGCUGCCAAGGGAAUGAUAGCAUCAUCCCGUCAGUCAGGACAGCGGUCGGCUACGACGGAGGCACACAUACCGCCUUUACUAGGGAUAGCGCCCCUAGGCACUGUGCCCCUGUCCAAGGAGUGCUGCCACCAGCUGCGCAUGCUUGAUGCUGCGUCCAUGCACAUGCCUCACCCAUCGGACUCCGAAUCAAUUCGGAUAUAUACAACUCGACAUCAGUGCGCAGUGCCGAGCUGCUAUCCCAUAUCAUGGCCUCGUGGCAACACGAUAGAGUUGUUCCAGAGGAUUCCGACCGAGGCUCUCUUUUUUGCCUUUUAUUACAUGGAGGGGACAAGGGCGCAAUACAUGGCGGCCAAAGUCCUCAAAAAGAGAGCGUGGAGGUUCCACACAAAAUACAUGAUGUGGUUCCAAAGACACGAGGAACCCAAGACCAUAACGGACGAGUAUGAACAGGGGACGUACAUCUACUUCGACUACGAGACGUGGACUGAGAAGCGCAGGGAAGGUUUCACCUUCGAAUACGAGUUCUUGGAAGACCGAGAUCUCAACUGACCUUUCCUUUUUUUUUGUUCUACCCGAGUGAAAUACAUAUUGUUGGUUUGUCGCUUUCCUGCUUUGUCAGGCAAGUGAACCGCGAACAGGAGA